AGAUUCCAAUUAUUAUGCAGCAAAUAGACUCACUGGCAGAAAAGAUUAACCCAAAAAUGAGGAUCGUCAUUCUCUACUUAGCUUUGCUGGAUUUUCUCUUAUUUAUCAACUGUGAAGGGUGGUGCAUGGAAGAAGAAAGAGAAGCUCUCUUACAAAUAAAAAUCUCAAUAAACAGCCCAGUGGGAACUGCUUUCUCCAGCUGGUAUGGACAAGACUGUUGCCAGUGGGAGGGUGUAGAAUGCAACGUGUCAACUUCUCGUGUCAUCAAGAUCUUUUUCCAGCAUCGCAGGAUGGUGCCAUAUGAAUCAUGGUAUCCAAAUGCAACCUUAUUCACGCAGUUUAAAGACUUGCAAGAACUCCAUCUUCCAGGGAAUCAAAUUGGCGGAUUCAUAUCAUUCCAUGCACUUCACAAACUCAAGCAUCUGGAGAAGUUGGAUCUCCGUGAUAAUGAGAUUGGGAACAGUGCUUAUCUCUGCUGGGGGAAUAUACAUACUCUUUGGUACGUCGAUCUGUCAUGGAAUAGAUUACAAGGUAAUAUUCCACAGUGCCUUUGUGAAAGUCUGUCUCUGACUGAUCUAAUUCUUUCCCACAACAAACUGGAAGGAAACCUCGAUGAGUGCCUCAGCAAUCUGACUUCUCUAAAACGUCUCUCUCUAUCUGGUAACAGCUUCAAUGGAGCAUUUCCUUCAUUUCUGUUUCACAAUCUGACAAAUAUUCAGUAUUUGGACAUUGCGAAUAAUCAAUUCAAAGAUGUGAUUUCUUUUUCUAUUUUUGCCAAUCUACUGAAACUCAGUCACCUUGACGUUUCAUAUAAUCCUGAUUUAGAAAUUGAAACAGAGUCUCCGUCUUGGUCUCCAUCUUUCAGCCUAAAUUAUCUUGGGUUAGGCGGGUGUAACCUCAAUGAGCGAAGUGGCAGAAAUAUUCCAAGCUUCUUAUCCACACAACAUUUGGAAUUUCUGGACUUGUCUUACAAUUCACUUUUUGGGAGGUUUCCUUCGUGGUUGCUCUACAAUGUCUCUUCAGAAUUGUGGAUAAGAGGCAACAAUUUGAGUGGCCCAUUUCCCAGAAGUCAAAGAAACAUGAGCUUGCAGCUCACUACUCUAGACAUCUCUGACAAUAAUCUAUAUGGGCUAUUUCCUGUAGAUAUCAAGUCUUAUUUUCCCUAUCUUGAGCUCCUAAAUGUCUCCCACAAUGUGUUCAAUGGCAGCAUCCAAUCUAUUGGUGGGUUAAGUCAACUUCGUUAUCUGGACUUGUCGGAUAAUAAUUUGCAAGGAGGGACAUCUCAUGAGACAUUUAGCAAUUUGACAUAUUUGGAAUAUUUGAACUUGUCCAACAACAACUUGCAAGGGGAAGUGCUUCCAAGGAAUUCCAGUUUGCCUAACUUGAAAUGGCUACUUCUCGACAGAAAUGGCUUCACAGGAACAUUUCCAGACGGCCUAUUAAAAUGUUCUUCCUUAAAAGUUGUUAGCAUGAGCCACAAUGAAUUAUCGGGUGAUCUUUCCACAAGCUUUCCUGUCUUUCCUCAAUUAAAAGCCCUUCUUCUAAGAGGGAACCGUUUCAAAGGGAGCAUUCCCCUCCAGUUGUGCCAGAUGAAACAUUUGGGUAUUUUAGAUCUUUCAGAAAAUGGCCUCUCAGGUGAGAUUCCUACUUGUUUCAGCAACAUUACUUCAUUGGUAGAAGGAAGUUCUGGUAGCCCUGAUUUCGAAAUAAGUCAUUCUUCGGUUUCUGUUGAUUUGACGGUGAACCAGAGAUCACUCACCUUUGCGGGUCGCAUACUCGACUAUUUUACAGCAAUAGACCUUUCUUCGAACAAAUUGAAGGGAACAAUUCCCAUCCAAGUGGGAGAGUUAAAAGGGAUCAGAUUUUUAAACAUGUCUAAUAACCUGCUCACUGGUGAAAUUCCAGAUUGUUUGGGUAAUUUAAAGAGCGUGGAGGGUAUAGAUCUUUCAUAUAACGGUUUAUCUGGUAACAUACCCAGCAAUCUCCAAGAUUUGACCUUUCUUGGAGUUUUUGAUGUUGGUCACAACAAUCUGUCCGGCCUAAUACCACUAGGGAGCCAAUUUGGAACAUUUGAUGAAUCCAGCUAUCUGGGCAAUCCCAAUCUUUGUGGUCCGCCAUUAAAGAAAGAAUGCAAUCUGCAUGCAGAGAAGUCCCCAGGAAACGGCCUUUGUGACACGUCGUCACAAAUCAUGGAAAGCUCAAUUUUGGUAUUUGUGGUAGUGAUACACAUUUUACUUCUUUGCUGAGAUUGCAUAAUAAUUGCCAUAAUACUUUGUUUAUUUCUGCUUCGAUGACUUGUGUGUGGGAGUAUCAUUUUAAUUAGGGGUGUUUCGAUUCAGUUU